AUGGCCCCGACGGGCUUCGUGGGCGACCUAGCUAACAAGAUCCUAGAGGCCAACGCAGCGGGCAACAUCAUAGACAAGCUAGAGCAAGGCAACAAGCUUGAGCAAGACAUAUUGGCUCUCGAAGCUCUCGAAGACGGAGAAAUCACGUGGGAGAUGGGGACAGACAGAGCGCGCCUGCUGGAACACGAGUCCAGGUCGACCGCGAUGCUGGACCGCAAACACCAGAUCGUCACGGACUGCAACAAGCCGCACCUGGAGUUCGUGAAGCAACGCAAAGGGGGCCCGAAGGUAGACUUAGGCUCGCCAGCAGCACAAGCGGCCUACUCAAUUCUGCUCGUCUUGGUUACCUGGCCCUCCAAGGACACUUCGGACAGGCGUUUGAAGAUGGUUUUCGGCAAACGAGGCCAGCCUCAGAAGAGCAGAUUUAUAUUCAAGUUCCUCGGGCAGGCACUGAUGCCACACAGCAAAGAGGAUCAGGAGGCAAUGCUGCGAGCUAUCGACGACCCCUGCCACGCCCUCCACGUGGAAACGCCUCUGGAGAUCACGGCAGCCGCUCUGCUGAUCAAGGGGAGAAUCAUCCAGAUAGAGGCCACGAUAGGAGAGAUUGUGAGGCACGCGGGAGGGAAUAUCACAGUGAGCAAGGCGUUGGACAGUGCUGCGGACGUCUUCGACAACAUUCCGGGUGGCGUUGUCAAGCGCUUCCCGAGUAUUGUGAUGGAUGGCCAGUCCGAAAAGCCAAUCGAAUUUAUUGAGAGGCAGUGGGCCAAAGCUCGCUGCGGUGGCCUCAGCUACCUGGCGAUCGGAGACGGCAGCAGGGCCCUGCGCAACGACUUCUACCCCGGGGCCCGCGAGCUGAGCGAGGCCCAGAUCGCCGACCUGCGACGCCACGUCUUCACUGAGCUGGCCUGCGACGCAAAACUGUCUUCGGAGGGCGGGCAGCUGACCAUGUUCGUCGAAGGCCUGGGCGCCCAGGACCUCCAGAGCCGGCGCGGCGCGCUAGGGACCGCCCUCGCCGACGUGUACGGCUACGGGAGCUGCCGCGUGGCCGAGGUCGGCGAGGUCCCCCCGCCUGCGGCGAGCGGGAAGGUGCGCGCCCUGUCCCAGCAGGCGUGGCCGGAGUCGCCCGGCCUGGUUAUAUCCUUCCACGGAGAAUGCACCACAAAGUGCCCCAGCCACGACGCCGUGACCGUGGAGCGCCUCAAGGAG